AUGCUAUCAACAAUCCAAUCAAACAUCAUUGAGCCGUACAUGGUCUUGAGACAGACACUGGGACCCCUCAAGUUAUCACGAUGGCAACUCACCAAGAUCAUGGCAAAGGCCAUGCUAUUCGGCUCCGUGCUCCGAAGCAUUUUUGUCGCCUCCGUCAUUGCAUUCGCUAUUUAUCUCUUGUGGUACUCGGUCUUCGGGGAAAAGCAUACCGAGAAGAUCCUGGAUCUUCCUGUUUUCAAGACCAACGCCAGUCAUUGCGACGACAUCAUCAAAGAAGGACAAAAGAAGUAUCCCAACGAUCCCUUUGUCGUCGUCAAUAAGCGCUUCAGCUUCGUUGUCUAUCCUGCUACUGUGUGGGAUGAGUUGAAGCGCAUUCCCGAGCAUACUGCAUCCGUCGCUGGAUAUAUGCACCAUUGCAACUCAGGUGAUUGGAGCCUGGUUGGCAACGAGACACAGGAGCUCUGGAAGACUAUGAACGUCGACCUCACGCGUGCACUGCCGGCGCAUCUUGGUAACCUCCAGGAGGAUAUCGCCUUGGCAUUUGACACCGUCGUUGGCCGCUCGACCAAACCUCACGAAAAAUGGCACAUGUUCACGACUGUAGGGCUCAUGGGCCGUCUCAAUGCAACUUCGUUCGCUGGAAGGGACCUGGGCUUCAAAGCAGCUUGGUACUGGUCGGUCACACUGGCUCCCGUCUUCGCUCACUUUGCGAAUACGCUUUUGAAAAUGCUGCCAGACUUUCUUAAGCCUCUUGCCCGUCCAAUCUUCUACGCCCCAGUACUCUUGGACCACCAAUUCAUGCGACAGAUGCUCUACCCUAUCAUCGACAAGAACACCAAGGAGUUCAGGGAAGCCAAGGACCCGAAAGAACCAAUGGCCCCCAAACCAGGCAAAAACCUCCCUUUCACGGCCUUCCUACUGGCACGGUACAAGGAUGGUGCCGCCACGCCCCAUCAACUCAGCACCGAUAUUAUACAAGCCAGCUACACCUCGAUUCCUUCGACAUCAACCUCCUUAUACCACGCCUUGUGGAAUCUGGCACAAAGACCCGAGGCUCAGGAGAUCCUGCGCAAGGAAGUGGAGGAGGUAAUGGUUGACGGCAAGCUCCCGUCGACGCAUCUUCAGGAGUUGAAGAGAAUGGACAGUUUCCUGCGCGAGUCUCUACGCCUGCACCCAAUCACUCACUUGGGUACUCUGAUCGUGCUGGACGCCCAGGCCAUCAACCGUUCCCCCGAGCUCUACGACAACCCAAAUGAGUUUGAUAUGGAUCGCUUCUGGCGUCUGCGUCAAAUCCCAGGUAACGACGGAAAGUACCACGCAGUCACAGCGAACGCCACCGCCCCAAUUUGGGGCGAUGGCGCGCAGGCUUGCCCUGGUCGUUACUACGGCGUCUGCGUGUUAAAGAUCAGCCUUGCUCAUGUCUUGAUGAACUAUGACAUCGAGCUCAAGGGCGGCCCCAGGCCUUUGAAGCCCAUUCCUGUUCCUAACGGCACUUUUGGGCCUGACCCCAGUGUUAAAAUGAUCUGGAAGUACAAGGGCAAGAACCCGUCGCCUGCUUGA